AUGGAUAAUAACAAUAACAACAACAACAAUACAUUUACUUGGAUAUUCGAUAAUCCACAACAACAACAAGCGAAUAGCUUAUUCAUCAAUGAUAGUGACUUGUUUGAUAUUCUAAUGAAUCCAAAUCAACAGCAAAUUGAACAAGAAAAGAAGAAUAACAAAGGGAUGAUCAAUAACAGCAGUGAAAGUAGCAGUAAGAGCACAACAAGUCAUAGUAGCGACAGUAGUCAGAGCGCAGGAGGAGAGGAAGGGUUUAUUAGUUACAAGCUGGAUAACAUAAAAAGCACGGAUAUUAUUCAGAAAACACCAGCAGAAUUUACUAGUUCAACAGGAAAACUAGACUUUAGACACAUCAAUAGCAAUAUUACUGAAAAUCAAUUGAAAGCAAUGACUUCCAAGGAACGAAGACAAUUGAGGAAUAAGAUUUCAGCAAGGAACUUUAGAAAUAGAAGAAAAGAAUAUAUUGAAGGAAUUGAAAAAGAAUUGCAACAGCAAAAGAUUGAAAACAGUCAAAUGAAAUUGGAAAUUAAAUGGCUUAAAUCAAAAGUAGAACAACUUCAAGCUGAAAAUGAUAAACUGAGGAUAGAUAUCGUUGUGCUCAAUUCACUACCUGCUCCAUCAACCUUGGCUCCAUACUCUUCUUCUCCUGAUACAGAACCUUCUCCUAUGCUUAGCAACGACAACAACAACCAGAGCAAUGCGGUUGACGAUUGGGAUUUCGUCUUGCCUGACUUUCCCUCAAGUCAACCAGAUACUUUUAUUUCACAAGCAGUCGUACCUUCUUUCAAUCAAGUCUUUUUAUCUAAAGAACAACAACAACAACAACAGGUACAUUCUUCUGAUCUUAUAAGACAAUAUCCUCUUCUUGCCCCUGCUCUCAUGUCUAUUGUUUUGUCACAUACAAUGACAAUGAGUACUGAUCAGCUACUAGCUUCUGCCAAGCUAAUUCCUCCUUCACCUCUACCCUCAAAGAAAGAAACAGAAGCUGUCUGGAACCUUUUGGAACCCAUCAGAAUUAUGAAUGAAAGAAACAAUAGAUUAGCUAUAACCGAUACAGAAAAUCAAAAAGAAGAAGAAGAAGAAGAAGAAGAAGAAAAGGAAGAGGAAAAGAAAGAAGAAUCAAUGUGUCUUAUUACGACCACUUUAUUUAACAUUGCAAAGGCUGCUGGAACAGAAGAUAUAUUUGAACUACAACCCGAAAUUCAUCACGUUUUUAGACCCAAUGAGAAGAUGCCACCUGUCUUCUUUUCUCAACUCUUCUCACUCAUCGUACUCUCUCCUUGGCUCAUUCUAAUUUUUGGCGUAACAUGA